AUGCGGCCACCGCGCAUCACCAUCCUCGUCCUCUUCUUCGCCGCCUCCAUCUUCAUCGUCUGCCGGGCCCUCACGUCGCCGCACCGGCGUCAUGCCUCGUCCUAUGGCGCCAACGGCCGGAGCUCGCGGUCUCUCUUCGGCCUCAUGUACUACAACACACCCUUCUCGCUCUUCCCGCCCAACGCGGCCAUCAGCUUGACCGACGACAACAGCACGUCCUUUGCCGCCCGUCCCGCCGCCUUCGGACCGAGGUUGGCCUCGGCCGGCUUGAGCGGCCAGCUGUGGGUUGGGAGCGGCUUCGCCGAGGACAGCCUCGACGGCAACGGAGAGCUCGGCUGCAGCGACCUGCCCGGCUGGGACGGCGGUCUCACGAGGGCGUCGAUGAGGAGUUCCUUCCGUCACGGUCCGCACCGUCUCGCCGCCUCGCAGGCCAAGUCCGGCCGCCCGAAGCGCCGCGGCCGCCUCCUGGCGUCGGAAGAUGGUGACGCCGCCGUCAAGGGCCGGUCGGCAUCGACGUACGCGGCCGGUGCCGACGACAACACCGACGAGCACCUCAACGACAAGGCGGCUCGAUCGCUCGCCCGUCGAGACGCAUCCUCCUCCCACGCCGACAUCCAGUCCCUGCAGGAGGCGGCGGAAAUCGAAGGCAAGAUCGUCCUGCUCAUGCGAGGCGGCUGCGGCUUUCUCGAAAAGGUCCUCUGGGCCCAACGACGCGGUGCCGUCGCCGUCAUCGUCGGCGACAACCAAAAGGGCGGACCCCUGAUCCAGAUGUUUGCCCACGGCGACGAAGUCGACAACGUGACGGUGCCCUCCGUCUUCACCGCCCGCACGACGGCCCAUCUGCUCUCGUCCUUGACCCAACCCGGCAGCUUCAUCGAAGACACGCUCGACGACAACGGCAAUCCCGUCUUCAAGGUCCAGCAGGGGCCCAGAGCCAAGCACGAGAGGACGAAGCGAUCGCCCGCACCCGCCAGGGCCGCCCGUUUUUCUCGCCGCGCCCCUCUGCUCUCGAGCACGAAAAAGGCGGCCAAGAAGAGAGCGCCGAGGGCAAAGGCGGCGGCCUCGACGACCCAGGCCUCGCGAAACCGUGGUUGGUUCUCCAUCUUCCGCUGGGGCCGUUCGGCUCGCUCCGUCGAGGAUUGGACCGAAGACCGGGAGCAGGAGGCGGCCGUGACCCACAACGCGGGCAGCACGAAGAAUCCAAAGUCGAAUCACGACGACUUCGUCAUCGGUGUCCAGGACUGGCGAGAUCCCGAUCUCGUCGACAAGUCGAGAGCCAAAGACCAGGCGACCGUCAGGAACGCACCCCACCCCAAGGGUGACGCCGGCGAUGCGCGCAAGCCCGCCCCGGAGGCUAACGGCCCCAAGGGUGGCAGCAUCACGCCCGGAAGUGGCGAGUACAACCCGUCCAAAGUUCCGCCCAAGGAUGGCAAGGAUGCCGGCGUCAAGUCCGGCUCGGCAAGCGCUGGCUCCGCCGCCAAGGGACACGGCCUCAUGUCCAAGCUCUUCGGUGACGAGGGCAAGGGCAAGAAUGCGGCGGCCGGCGCUCAUCCGUACACAAGCGAUGACGCCGCCGAUGGCCUUGCACCCCCCGGCCACGGCGACGACGCCGAGCGGCACCAGGGGCUCUGGGUGACGAUUACGCCGACGAGCAGCGCCAGCCCCUUCUUUGACACGCUCCUCGUCCUCGUCAUCAGCCCGUUGGUGACGUUGACAGUCGUCUACGCCCUGCUGGUCGCCCGCGCGAGGAUUCGCCGGAGGCGAUGGCGAGCGCCCAAGUCGGUGGUCGAACGCCUUCCGGUGCGGACCUACCAUACCGUCACCACGUCGCCUGCCCCGUCUCCGAGGCUGCCCGCCUCCUCGAGCGCGACGCCGACGACGCCCCUGCUCCAGCAGCAGCAGCAGCAGCAGCAGGACCACAGGUCACGGCCACGUUCUAGAACGACGACGGGCGUUCUGGAGAGCGAAAACUUUUUCACCGCCGGCGCGGCCAUCCCGACUCCGCAAUCCUCGAAUCGCGCGAGCGGUCGGCCCGAGGUAGAAAAGGGCGCCGCCGGCUUGUCAGCUGAAUGGAGAAAGCACAUGGGCAGACAGGUGGAGUGCGUCGUCUGCCUAGAGGAAUACGUCGACGGCGUGAGCAGGGUGAUGAGCCUCCCCUGUGGCCACGAGUUCCACGCCGACUGCAUAACGCCAUGGUUGACAACCCGACGACGGACCUGCCCCAUCUGCAAGGGUGACGUCGUCCGCUCCCUCGCUCACAGCUCCCGAAGCGGCCCGCGCUACGAUGCGUACUUGGAAGACAGCGACGAGGAGCUCGACCUGGACGCACCGAGCUCGAGCCUGGACCCGGGCCCGGACGCGGCCUCACGUCUGGCUGACGGGUCGCCCGACCCCGAGCAGGGCCAUCUCCUGCCGCGCACCGGUGAUGAUCGGCCUUCUCGACCGGAACGCUGGUUUGGACUGCUACCCCACCACUUCACCGCCAACCGAUCUCCGCGACCGGAAGAUCGAGAUCGAUGA